AUGGUGAUCCGUGCCGCAUGCCUAGUGGGUGCCGGUGCGGUCUUGAUGGGUGCCUUGGACUAUUGGGCUGCACCGACCUAUCCAGUGCACCAGUCCGGUGCAGUGCUCAUCACCGGAGCCUCGACAGGCAUCGGCCUUCAUGCGGCAAAAGGUCUUGCAGAGAUGGGUUAUCGCGUUUACGCGGGUGUCCGCUCGCAGGCAGAUGUAGAGAAGAUCAAAAGGGAAAACCCUAGCUUGGAACCUGUGAUCAUUGAUGUGACCAUUGAGGAGACCGUCACAAGGACCGUUCAACAAAUCAAAGAGGAGCUUAAAAUCCAAGGUCUGAAGUUUGUUGGCCUGGUGAACUGUGCGGGAGUUUCGAGGCGUUUGCCACUGGAACUGGAAGAUAUGGACAUUGUGAAGCAGCUCUACGAGGUGAAUGUUUUUGGAGUCACACGGGUGACCCAGGCCUUUUUGGAAUUGCUCAGGGAUUCCCAAGGACGCAUCGUCAACAUCGGCUCUGUGGCAGCCUUGCUUCCGCACAAAGGUAGCAGCACCUACAGCGGCAGCAAGGCGGCGUUGGAGAUGAUUACAGAUAGCCUUCGUCUGGAGUUGGCGCCCUGGAAGAUCUCCGUCAGUGUGGUCCAGCCGGGCUACGUCCAAACGGCCCUGGCGGAGAAGCAGACCGGCGACAAUGCCCCGUGGCGUAAGGCAGACCCGGAGAAGAGGACACUUUACCAAGCGUGGAUCGAUAAGUCCGACAGCAGCCGUCAGGAGGCACAUGAUAAAGCGCCGGGCCCGGAAGUCACCACUGAUGCCAUCAAGCAUGCUAUGACCAGCACGAAGCCAAAGACCCGUUAUGUGGUGGCAAACGUCAAGGGCACUCCCGCGUGGGUGCUGGCCUUUCUGGGAUGGUUCUUGCCUGAUCGUGUGAAGGAUGUGAUCGUUCAACGAUUCUGA